AUGUUGAGUAUAGGAAUGACGGCGAUGGAUACGGAGGGUGACGUCACACAAAUGGAACUUUCCGCGUUGCUCGUGCAUAUUGAACGCUGUGAGAGGCUCUUACGUCACCCAACCCUUCUAAGUCGUUUGCCUGACGAGGGCGAGACCAUUCGAAGCCGUCACGCGUUGUACGUUGCGGAGAGAUCUCGACGCGAAGUUGGAGGCGAUGCUUCUUCUAGCAGGAAGGAAAAUGAUGCUGUGGAGGGAUCGGUACGACAGGUGGAGAGGCAGAUUAGUCAGAUGACGCUCUCAACUGAAGAAAAGUCAGAGAAGACAGCGACGAUGCCCAUGGAGUGCCAUGCCUCUCUGAAUACGGAUGGGUGGACUGUAGGAGCAGGGGGGAAGGCUGUGGAGUCGUACGAAGAUGUGGCACGUGCCGUUGGCGAGAAGCAUCGACACAGUCGCAUUCCUGUAGAGAUGAUUGUGCGUCAAACAUUUGGAGGAUCGUUGUGCGAGGCGGAGAUCCAGCGUAUGCUUUGCGACGUGCCGCCAAACUUCUUCCUGACACAUGACGAGACCAUUUCGAUGCAGCGAAAGCUUCUGUCUGAGGAGCGUCUUGAGGCGCUCACACGGUUACGGAACCAAAGACAUGCUGAACUGUAA